GUUCUGUCAGUUUUUGUUAGUUGCUCAUAUGUGUAGCUUUGAUCGCUCCGCACCUAGUAGAUAUAAAAAUGUAGUUAAAUGCAAAAAGUAGUUUUUUUAGUAUAGUGCAUAAUUGUGGUGUUAAAAAGCGUUAUUGUAUAUGGAAUGAUUGUUUGACGGUACGGACAGAUUCAUAUAUUUUAAACAUGAUCAUAGUCAAUUGAAGUGUGGCACAAAGUAUUUGUUUAUUUCAUAUUUAUAAGUUAUUUUUUAUUGUGUACCAUGGAUGAAGAUACCGCACAAUCACCUGCGAAGGUAUCAGAUUCUCCCAAACCACUUUCUUUUACAAUAGAUUUUGGUGAUAACAAGACUGUUGACACCCAAAGGCAAAAAGCUUUAGCAGAAAAAUUUCAAAAAAGGCACAAAAGAGGACAAUCUUUAUCAAAGUUAGAAGAAUCUCCAAAAACCGCUUCUCCAAGACAACAACACCCGUUAUCGGGAAAUUUACCGAGAAAAUCUAGUUACCAAUCUGAAGGUUAUUUUUCAUCUGAUGAAAAACCAGAUAGAGUUAAAAGUGCUAACGCUCGAAUAGGAGGUGCUACUGCCAAACGGGGUGACCUAACACUUCUAUUAAAAAAUGUAACAACUGACAGAAUGACUCAGUCUUUCCCAAAUGCAGCUCUUCCAUCUAUAAUAAGUCCUGAAGUAGAAUUGAAAGAUGUAUCUAGUCCUGAAAUGGAUCUUAUCAGUCCUUUUAGUCCUAAAGAACAAUCUAAAAGUCAGGAAAGCUCAAGUUCUAGCAAGAAAACACAAUUUUCCAGUCCAGAAUGUGAAAAAUUGUACAUUGGAGAUAACAGCAAACAAGACAUGUUUGUUGAUAGUUCUGAAUUUGAUUUUGAUAAGUCUGACACUGCUAGUGAUACAGGAACAUAUACUCUUGAUGCUGAUAACUACUCUGAAGAACAAAAAGCUAGAAUGAGCAUAGAUAGUGAAUUUAAAAUUGAACAAGUUUCUGUUCAAAGGAAAACCGAAGAGUACGUGAAAAGUUUAUCUACUGUAAGGGAUAAUGUGCUACAGAAUGCCGAAAUGAUAAGUCAACGGAAUUAUAAUCAAAAUGAAAUUGUGAAAAGUGUCCAUUUUAUGAAUAUGAAUUCUAACAAUUCACCAAAAUCUCCUACAACAAAGAAGUUUGUUCCUACCACACCAACACAAUCUUAUGCAAAACUAUCACCUAUAAUGUCACCUACUCAGAACAUUUCUAUCACAGAUGUACAACAUAUAGAGGAGCCUCUUAAUAAUAGCGAAUGUGAUUUAAACAGUACUUUCACAAAAAUAAUGUUUCCAAGUCCUAAUGCCAAGAGAGAUGGCUUGAAGCAAAUGCAAGAUCAAGGCUCAGUAAUAUCAGUAACUUCAAGUGGUGCUUUCAAACCAAAAGUAGAAAAGAAACAAAAUAAACUGUCCAGUUUAACAAAGUCAGAAGUGCAAGUGCAAGCUUAUAUUGAUGAUAAAAAUUAUGUGUUUACAGAACCUGUUUCUAAAAAAGAAACCAAAAAAGCAACUCCAAAACUGACUGCUACAAUUGUUAAUGUUCAAAGUAUAGAUGUUCAAAGUUCUGUUGAUAUAAGUGGGGUUUUGAGUGCAAAUAUUGUUGUUACACCUAAAAAUGUUAAUAACCUACCACCUUCUGUUGGAGGAUAUUCAACUAAAGUAUCAUCAACUAAAAUACCAUCUCCCACACAUAUGGUAUCACGUCCUAGAAGUAGAAAUAGUGUGAGUUCUCUGAAUAUAGAAUUUUCCGAUUGUUCCUUAGACACUGAUUCCAUAUUAAAACCAACACAGAACUAUAUAAAUUCUUUACAACAAAGAUUAUCACUUGAUAGUGAUCCUGAUAGUGAUUAUGACGUUAAAGUUCACUUGAACAAUACUGCACAUUUGUUAAAACAAAAAGCUUCACAUACUAGACACAAUUCAUUAGAUGACAGAACCAUGAACAUUUCAAAUAAAUUAGAACAUUUUCAAAACAAGAAUCUCCUUGGUAUUGAUCAAACUUAUUCAAAUUUGUUGAAUCAAUAUUCCCAAAAUAAAGUGAUCCAUAAAAUCCAAAAUUCCCCAAACAAUUCCCCCAUUCGUAGAUCAAGCAGUUUUUCAACAAAAAAUCAAGUUUUUUUAUCAAAAAAUACAAACAUCAACUUUAACCAAAAAGAAUCCAACAUUCGUAAUUCCCCAAACGUAUGUAGAAAUACUACUAUGCAAAGAAGUUCUUCAACUGCUUGUAUAAAACCCAAUUAUAUAAUCAACAGAAGGGGUAGUAAUGAACACAAAAAAAUAGAUAGAAGCCAAUUUGGUGAUACAGAAUCGAGUAGCGAGGAAGAUUUUGAAAAAAAUAAUCAGAAACGAAAAGACUUGUCAAGUAUAACGAAUACGAGAUGCAAUAGGGCCUUCAGUUUACGAAGGGCACGCGCCGACAACGAAAGCACACCGCUCAAAUGUCCUAAUACACCCGAAAUGAGGAGGAAAACUUUUCAACCGGAGAUAAAACAUGAACGUGCAAUAUCUGUAGAUAGAAAACCGAUGAAAACUAAUGAUGUCCAAAGCAGAUAUUUACUUAGUGUUAGCAAAAAAUCUCCAGCGCCUCUUACACAUAAAGAGAUAAAAAUUGUGCCAAAAGUCCCAAGUGCAACUAACAAAUUGACGCCGAAUCGACCUCAAAGCUUCGCCAGGACAGACAGUGGUAGAUUUAGUAUGCGAACCAGUAAACCUCCAGUUUCGAACAGUGCAAAAACACUGAAGAAACCCACUAGUGAUAAAAAACAGGGGGGCAUUCGAAGUAAUUCUUCCCUCUCCAGUCGAGAAGUAGAAUUUCAAAAUUGGAAGAGGAGAAAGAGUUACGAUCCGAUGAAAGCAGCCGCCGAAGGUAAAAAGAAAGAACAGGCCAAACGACAGAAUUCGGGAAUCGGUCAAAAUCCGAUGACGCAAUCUUACACGGAGGCCAAUCACAGUCAAGACAGUUCGCCGUCUCACUCCAGCUCUGUACACAGAUCACAGAGCUUUCACGGUACAGCUGCUCUUGAACAAUUGAUUAGUUCGGAAGAAGAAGAAGAUUUAACUUUGUCUGCCGACGAGGGAUUUAGUCCACCAACGCCGAGUCCUUGCGAAUUAAGUCCGGCAAGGGCUAGUUUGAGGCAUACUUUGUGGGAACGAAUUCAACAUUAAAACCAAUUUCACCAUGACUAGAUUAGUGAUGUGUUAGUUAAAAAUGAUGUGCAUAGGUAAUCUUAAGGUGUGAUAAAUCGUUUUGAAAAUUUUUAACCGUUUAAUAUUAUAUAUAUUUUGUAUCACAAAAAUCCAUAUUAUAUUUCAUUAUAACCACAACUUCCUGUGAUACGAAAAAAGUAUUUUUUUCUUGAAAUAGACUUUUAAUUAAUUAAGAGAGUUUUAAAUAUUUGUCACCGUCCUUUUGUUUCCUUAAUUUUUAUAGUGAUCUCAAAAAUACUCUUUUUCGUCUUUAGGAGUUUUUGGCGAAACGGUUAAAACAAGCAUUGUUUACUGUGAUAUUUACUUGUAGUUUCCUAACCUAUAAAAACUAACAAGAAAAAUAAUGUUCAUCCGUAUGUAUCUGUGUUAAAAAAAACUGGUUAAUAGAAAGUUUUUUCCAGCAACUGAGUAAUUACCUAUGCACAUGCUUUGUUUAUAUUUAGUUUUAGUGUUUAUAUUAUGCAUAUCAUCACGUUAUUCAUGUAAUCAAAUAAUUUAUUAAAUUAAUUGUCCUGUCAAAAUUUAUGUUUUCCUUUAAUUUGAAAAAUUUUUAAAAAAAUGCCAUUUUCUUAAGAGCCAACCCUUUUUACCACUUCAAAACUUUUCAUUUCACAUAAUUUCUUACUUAAUCUUUAUCUCUAUUUAAUUCUAGAGGUGUAAGACUUUCUCUUUUCUUUGAGCCUUUAUUCCAAAACUCUUUCAGUUUCUUCCCUCAGUUAUCAGUCUCUUUAUUGAUUUCGUUCAUCCUGGUUUCUCGUUCUUACCAUUCUGGCUUCUAGUCUUCUUCUUUUAAUUCUUUCUUUACUCAUCUAUUUUCAUUUCUUCAUCAAUUUCAUUUUAGUUGUUUGUUUCUUUGUCCUGUGUCCCUGUUUCAGAGCCUACUCUUUUAUAAUUUUCAUCCUUAUUCCAUUUUUCCCUGGAAAAUAUGUUCUUAUCUCGUUAAAUGGUUUUUGUUUUUUCUUUCUCUAGUUUUUCAUUUCCUUAUAUCAUUGAGCUGAGGUAUUUGAGGUGUUUUAUUUAUUUAUUUCCUAUUUAGACUUAAUUUCUGUGAUAAUGAUCAUAGUCUUGGUUUUAUUUAUGUGUUCAUACUGUAUUUUUUGAGUGUUAUAUUUGGAAUAUCUUUGUCUUCUGCAAAUAUAACCAUGUCAUCAGCGUAACAUAUUUUUGUUAAUGUCACUUCAUCAUUAUUUCUAGUGUUCUACUUUAUAGCUUUCCAAAUUUCUUUUGUACCUUCAUUGAAGACUAUUAUGUCAAGCAAUUGACUCAAUAUGCAAAUUUUUCUUUUACCACAUUAUUGGUUUCAAAUAUUCUUAAUUUUUCAUGUUAUUCUGACAUAAUUUUUGUUGUUGCUAGUAAUGCUUUUAAUUAAGUUUUGAUUUAUUCCUUUCUGUUGUAAUAUCUUCUCUAUUUAUUGUAUUGAAGGCUUUUUCAAGAUCGUUGAAACCCAAAUGUAACUUCCUGCUUUCUUCGUGUCUUUUAUACUUCUGUUUCUUCUAUAGUUGUUUCUAAUGUUUUUUUAUAAUUCUGGCAAAUAUGUUACUAUGUAGUUAUUCUUGACUGCCCCCCUUUUUAAAUAUUGGUGAUAUAACUCCAAUUUGCCAAUCUCUGAAUACUCUUCUGGUUUUUAAUUAUAUUAGAUACCUCACACCCCUUUCCCGUGUUUACUAUAUCAUUAAUGUUAUUAAAUGAUUAUUUUUGUUCUUUUGGAUGAUAAUUUUUGUUUCAACUUGAGAUGAAAGAUUUUAUCUACGACUAUCAUCUAAUAGUAAUUAUAAUAAUAUAUAAACUAUUUCAAUCUUACAUUUAGUUGGAAAGAUGAGAAAUUAUUUUUCCAAGAUUUAAUAUGUUAACUACCAAGGCAAUUUUCAUGACUAAAAUAUAAAAAUGCUUACUGAAAGGAAACGUGGCUGUCAACGUGUUAAGUGUCACUAUUCAAUUUUCUAUUUUGGUGUAUUUAUUUUUUCAUUAAAAUAACUUCAACUGAAGCACAAUUCUGCAUCUAUACGCACUAUAUUUUAAAAUUGUGUCAUUUCUAUUGUUUUUUUUUUUUCAAAAUGUAAUUUAUUUGUAACUUUGUGUAACCAAUGUGAUCAUUUAUAUAUCAUUUUUUUUGUAUCUUGUACUUGUUCUAUAUUUUGUGUUUUAGAACAAAUAUGCCCACUGGGAAUGAGAAAAUGUGUGUGUUUUUUUUAAAUUUUUGCAAAUAAAUAUAUAUAAUAAAAAUUUGUUAAUGUUUAAAACUAUGUAAAAAAAUGUGAUUUUAUAAUCUUGAGAUUAAUAAGUGUGCAGAUGAUGUUUUUAAAUGUCCAUUUAGGUUUUUGCUAUAUAUUCUCUUAAAGCUUGUUACGACUAAAAUUGAAAAUGCAACUGUCAUAUUAUAAACGAAAAACUAUAGUAUGUUCAUAUUUUUAAACUGUUUUCGUUAGCGACCUGAAAUUAUUUUAUGUACUGCUCAUGUUUAUUAUUAUUGCUUUAAAAAAAUGAAAUUUAUGUUCAUUAUA